AUGAGCUUGAAAAAAGAGUGGCAAGCGUGGACAAAGUUGAUGGAUUCAAGCAAAGGAGUGUCCGGGAUAGGCUUUGACUGUGACACCGGUUUGUUUCAGGCACCUGAGGAGUGGUGGGACAAGAUGGAAUCAAUCAACAAGGCGUGUGCGAAGUUCAAGAAAAAAACCUUGGAACACCGUGACUUGAUGAAGAAGGUCUUCAUGGGGGCAUCAGCUACUGGGAAGCACCAUUGGACCCCGGGAGAGAAACUUCCUAAAGUUGCUGAUGACUCAUCUGAUUCAGUGCGUAGUUUGGGAGCCCAGCGAUUUGCUGAUCCGAUACCCGCAGGAGUACAGGACGUGGAUUCAGAUUCUUCACUGGAGCAUGUUCCGAUUGAAAAGCCAAAAAGAAGAAAGACGCCAUCAACAAGUGUUUCAAAGUCGAAGAAGGCAACAAGUGGUGCGUCCGUUAUUGCGGAAAGCAUGAACAAUCUGACAGAUGUGGUCCGUUCGAAGAAUCAAUAG